UCUUCUCUGAACGCAGAAAUGACCAGCGGCAGCUAGCCCCGCAGAAGUGGCACGCCCAGCCGACGGAGUCGCCAGUCGCCAGCGGCCGAUGCGGGGACAAACUGUCUAAAUCAGUGGGCGCACACAGCAGGGAGGGCAAGGCAGAAGAGGCGCACUUCUUCUCUGAACGCAGUAAUGACCAGCGGCAGCUGGCACGGCAGAAGUGGCACGCCCAGCCCCGACCGAGCCGCCUGUCGCCAGCGGCCGAUGCGGGGACAAGCUGUCUAAAUCAGUGGGUGCACACAGCAGGGAGGGCAAGGCAGAAGAGGCGCACUUCUUCUCUGAACGCAGAAAUGACCAGCGGCAGCUAGCCCCGCAUAAGUGGCACGCCCAGCCGACGGAGUCGCCGGUCGCCAGCGGCCGACGCGGGGACAAGCUGUCUAGCUCAGUGGGUGCACACAGCAGGGAGGGCAAGGCAGAAGAGGCGCACUUCUUCUCUGAACGCAGAAAUGACCAGCGGCAGCUAGCCCCGCAUCAGUGGCACGCCCAGCCGACGGAGUCGCCGGUCGCCAGCGGCCGAGGCCGGGGACAAGCUGUCUAAAUCAAGAUAGCGAACACACCAUCAUGGUCAAGCGAAGCUUGCCACUGCGACCGAAGCCACCUCUGGGUCUCCGUCGCGGUGCGCCCCUGCUAUAAGGGCUAAGCGCUGAGAACAGGCGGAGCGGUAGUCACGUCCUCGUGAUCAUCUUCUCCCAGUAGACCUCCGACUGCAAAGCCCGCCCGCCCCAAGUGCUUCACGUGCAAGUUCAGGUACAGGAGGCCGCUGUCCGCACGUCCACGCACGAUUUUGAGCUCGACCUUGCCGAAGGCAACCCAUUCCUGAGUCUUGGCGUCAUACUGCGAUACGCUGUAACGAAGCCCUCCAGCUUGCGUGGCCUCUGCCCAAGACCCGGUAACGUUGAUCUGCUGGAAGUACAUGGCCGCGCACUGUCCACCCAAGCGGCGCGCAUCGGCCUGCACGCGAAGCAGUGCGUUUUCAGCACUCAUUCCACGAGGGAUGUUGAUCAGCACAUGCUUGCCCGCCUUCAUCAGGUCGAACCGCUCGCCAUGAACGUUUUGCAGGUGGGGGUCGCCGACGGCGGAGGCUCCAGCACCUGCUCCGCCCGCUGGAGGUGGCGCUGCCGGCGUCGGGCUCGGCGCCGGAGACGAGGUCGGACUGCUCGUCGGGCUGCUUGUCAGACUGGGCGUCGGGGACGAAGUCGGGCUGGAGGUCGGGGUGUUCGUCGGCCUGCCUGUCGGUGACGAGGACGGACUGGGGGUCGGGCUGCUCGUCGGACUGGGCGUCGGGGGCGAGGUCGGACUGGGCGUCGGGGUGCUUGUCGGGCUGCUCGUCGGGCUGGGCGCCGGGGACGAGGUCGGGCCGCUCGUCGGGCUGCUUGUCGGACUGGGCGUCGGGGACGAGGUCGGGCUGGAGGUCGGGGUGUUCGUCGGGCUGCUUGUCGGUGACGAGGACGGACUGGGGGUCGGGCUGCUGGUCGGACUGGGCGUCGGGGGCGAGGUCGGACUGGGCGUCGGUGGCGCUGCCGGCGUCGGGAUCGGCGCCGGAGACGAGGUCGGACUGCUCGUCGGGCUGCUUGUCAGACUGGGCGUCGGGGGCGAAAUCGGGCUGGAGGUCGGGGUGUUCGUCGGCCUGCUUGUCGGUGACGAGGACGGACUGGGGGUCGGGCUGCUCGUCGGACUGGGCGUCGGGGGCGAGGUCGGACUGGGCGUCGGGGUGCUUGCGGGGCUGCUCGUCGGGCUGGGCGUCGAGGACGAGGUCGGGCUGCUCGUCGGGCUGCUUGUCGGACUGGGCGUCGGGGACGAAGUCGGGCUGGAGGUCGGGGUGUUCGUCGGGCUGCUUGUCGGUGACGAGGACGGACUGGGGGUCGGGCUGCUCGCCGGACUGGGCGUCGGGGGCGAGGUCGGACUGGGCGUCGGACUGGGCGUCGGGGACGAAGUCGGGCUGCUCGUCGGGCUGCUCGUCGGGCUGGGCGUCAGGGACGAUGUCGGGCUGGAGGUUGGGCUGCUCGUCGGGGCCAUGACAAUCCGAAUAUCGUCGACAUGCACAGUUCUGUCUCCACCAGGUGUCGGAGUGUUCGCCAACCGCAGGGAAAUUGCGUUGCCAAACAAUACAGCCAUGCUAUCGUUCACAACGACUGAUACCAAUCCCCAUUCUGCAUCACUGAUAUCGACUUACUGGUACAUCACUACACUAUUUAAAAUCACUGUCAAACUCGGGUUGAAAAAGCCGCCGGGACGAGCGGCUCGCUGAAGCGACAGCGCAAAUGGACCACCCGCCAGGUUUGCAAUCUGCUGCUCCACGCAUGCGUGACCCCCCUGCAGCCCGAGGAAAUUGCCCCCCUCUGCCGCAGCGGUGCCACCCCAAGCAAAACUGCCAGACCGAAUCAAAGGUGCAAUUGCUCCGGUCCAGCCCGAAGGCACCAUGUAGAUAUAAUCACUGACCAAAUCUGAUUCGAAAUCCAUAUUGACACCGAUAUGUGCCGUCGGACCGGGCGUCUGAGAUGACCUGGGAGAGGUCGUCGAACGCACUGCGCAAUGCCAGGACGCGGCUGGGGCCGCCGUCCUCGUUGUCGGCGAGUGCCCAACGAGCCUUCCAGAUAUAUUGUUGUCACCGUCAUCGUCGAGCCAGCAUUGGUCACCACGGCGCUGGAAGCCACAACAAGCUGACAUGCCUGCGCACGCAGCUCCACACUCUUCCAUGGUACUCUCGUCCAUGUGCAGGAGAUACGGGCUAGCGCCGCAACCUAUGGCGUAAUAGGUCCAACCGAUGGCUCCUACCUGCGCGCGCUCGGCCUCGACCGCAAAUGCUCCUGCGCGGGCGGCCAGGGCCGCCGGCGCCAAGGCUAGCAAGGAAGCCAUCGUUGCCAGUUCGGUACUCGAGCGAACAAAACACCGCUAAGGAAAUGUAGAAGACGGUAAAGCCGACUAAUGCGAAACGGCCUCGAGCCAAAAUUGUUACGGAACCGUCUGGAGGCAAUGGGAGGCUCUUGGGUGCGCAUUUGGGCCGUUUGGG